AUGUCGAGUGCUGAACCCACUGUGGCGGAGGGGGAGCGACGGAGAGAGAUCAUCCCAACCAGUGAGGCAGAUGAAGGUGAGGAACUGAAAAUCAAGGUAGUGGUCCCAACUAGACUUCGGCCGGAGGCAAUGCCCUUCGUGCCAGAGGUGGUCGCCCGGGAUGGACAAGACAAGGUGAUGGUCAGGCAGCCCCACGUUGGGCGCCAAAUACUACAUUGUGAUAAACACUACUACGGAAAAAACUGUACGGAAACUUGCAGCGAAAACUGCGUCGACCAGCUGUGUAACAUGACAGAUGGCGUCUGUCUAAGCUGUCCUGUCGGGCGUCUGGGCGACUUCUGCGAUGAAGCAUGUAGCGACACAACGUUCGGGCCCAACUGCAAACAACAAUGUGACCCUGAUUGUGUGUACGCAGCCAUUGAGAACAAACGCCUGUGUGACGUCAUCACCGGAGAUUGUGUUUUAAAAAGCAAAUUUCCAGCUGACCCAAAUGUUCCUAAAGAUGUGGCCGAGACAGGCUUGCCAAGAGAAAAAUUGAACAGUCAGGACAAGGACUCGAUUGAAGACAAGGUUGAUACAUAUAUACUGUAUUUACUGAUUGUGCUGCUCGCAUUACUUAUUGCAAUCCUGGUCAUCUGCAUAUUCAUACGCAGAAAAAGGAAAACAGUUAAGACGGAGGCUGUCGAAGAUACGUCAGUACCCAUCGCGAAUCUCAAGGUCUACAUACUGGGACACAACAAGGAAUUCUUUCUUAGCCAGUUCAAGGUAGUCACUAAAAAAUGA